AUGCGGGCUUUUGCGAGAAAUGUCCUCCACAGGAGGCACAAGCAUGAACAUCAUCAUGAUCAUCAUCAUCAUGACCAUCAUCAUCAUGAGCAAUCAGGUUCAGGUGUGCCUUCUCUCUCUCCCUCCCUGUCUUCCUCUGUAUUUUCACCAUCCUUUUAUGCUAAAAUAUUUGUCUUAUUAACACUACCUAUUUCUCGAUGUAAAGCUCGCAUGGUAUUCGCGCACUACAUGGUCGGCCUGACGCACGGCCAGACGCCAGAGGAGUGGACUCAAGAGAUACGCACGGCAGACGCAGCAUGUAUUGACGGGUUCGCGCUCAAUAUCGGCUCAUCGGACCCAUACACACUGACGCAGCUCCGUCAAGCCUUUGCCGCUGCCGAGGCACAACGACACGAGCAAGGACAAAGAGGGCACGAGUUUGUGCUCUUCCUUUCGUUUGACAUGGCGGCUGGGCACUGGGAUGUCGACCAGCUCGUGGCCCUCAUCCGAGAGUUUCGCGACUCGCCUGUCUAUUACACCGUCGACGGGCAACCCUUGGUGUCGACCUUUGAAGGGCCAGGCUGGGCUGACAACUGGCCUGCCGUCAGCAGGGCCGCGGGAGGCAUCUUUUUGGUGCCGGACUGGAGCUCGCUGGGCCCGCACGGCGUCGGGAACAAGGCCGACUUGAUCGAUGGGGCGUUCUCGUGGUGUGCUUGGCCCCGUGCAGACCAGCAGCGCAUGACGACGGAGGAGGACGUUGCCUAUGGGAAGACGCUACGUGAUAAGGGCAAGAUCUAUAUGGCGGGCGUGAGUCCUUGGUUCUAUACAAGACUUCCGCAGUGGAACAAAAACUGGUACUCGACAAGCGAGAGCCUUUGGUUUGACAGGUGGUCGCAGAUCCUGGAUCUCAAACCCGACCUGGUCCAGAUCAUCUCGUGGAAUGAUUUUGGGGAGUCCAGCUAUAUCUGUGACCCGCUGCGCCCCUCACAGGUCGUACCUGGUGCAGACAUUUACGUCUCGGGGCACUCACACGCGGCUUUUCGAGCGACGCUGCCGUUUCUUAUCAAGGCGUACAAGGCUGGUAACGAUUUGGCUUCUUGUUCUGGCGAUGAUGAUGGGCCUGAGGAAGACUGUGCCAUCGCUUGGUAUCGGACAACACCGGCUGAGUGUGGACCAGAUGGAGGAACCGUCUGGGGCCAGGGAGGUAGUCGAUCAGCCAGCCAAGGAGCCAGGGAUGUCAUCUCGGUCAUGUCCAUCAGCAAAGACCCCACCGCAGUCACCAUCAGCAUCGGCGACCAAGAGGUCAGACCGCACCACCACCAGCGGCACGGCUAUGUGUCGUUCGCACACGUGCAGGUGGAGGGCAGGACGGGUCCUGUGCGCCUCAGCAUGCAUGGCAGGUCGGCUACGGGCCCGGCGAUCAUAAAUGACUGUCCGCCGUCUGGGCAUGUCAUGUUUAACUGUGUGUCGAUUCAGGUCUGAGCAGGUCUAGGGGAGGGUGCAGACGACGAGGAAAUCGACUUGGAGAGAGUAACGCAUGAUCUGAUCCUGAAUAAGAGUGAGAAAAACAUUUGCUUAUGUUCUGCGUCACGAAGAAGAACAGGCGUUUAAUAGACUGCAGUGAGAAUU